UCUCGCAAUGUUUACCUUUUUUCGGUGUUGUCCAGAAGUGUGUUUUUCAGAAAAUUUAUUGUGAAAUAAAUAUGUAUAAUUAGUUUGUAGUAAUUAAGUAUUUUGAAUCACCUUUCGCUGGGCCAUGGGUUUUACGGAUCGCGAGCGAACCAUCGCCGCCACGGUGGCCGUCGUCGGAGUUGGCACAGCCGCCGUUUUGGUCGCGUUGUGCAACAAGCGCAAGAUAAUCCAGCGCUUCCGGGGUCCUCUGUACGACCAGACCAUCCGGGUGGUGACGAACGCGGAGGAAUGCCAGCAGGUUGUUGGGACGUUGCGGAACCAUUGCCGGGACUAUAGGAUUCUGGGCUUUGACUGCGAGUGGGUUACGGAGAAGGGCAAGCGUCAUCCGGUGGCGUUGCUGCAGUUGGCCUCGCACCAGGGCUUGUGCGCGUUGAUCCGGCUGUGCCAGAUGAAGCGGAUUCCGCCGGAGUUGGGGGAGCUGCUGAACGAUCCGGGGAUACUGAAGGUCGGCAUCGGGGCGAUUGAGGAUGCCCAGCUGUUGAGGUCGGACUAUAAUUUGAAGGUGGAGAGUGCGCUGGAUUUGCGCCAUCUGGCGGAACGGUGUCGCGUCCCGGGACCGUACGGGAUGGCGCGGUUGGCGGAGAAGUCGCUGGGGUUGCAGCUGGAUAAGCAUUGGAGGGUGCGGGCUUCGGAUUGGGAGGCGUUGGAGUUGUCCGAGCGGCAGCUCAAGUACGCGGCGAAUGAUGCUCACGUGGCGGUCGAGCUGUUCCGGCUUUACGCUGAUCGGGUACUGAGAUGCGGCAUCUUUACGACUAGGAAGAAAUGGUUCGAUUCUUUGAUGACCGAGAUUGAGUGCUUCCUGGACCAGCGAUACAAAGAUCCUCCAAAGUCCCAGAAAGGAGCGACUAGCGGAGGCAAAAAUGGCAAGAAAAAACUGCUGGAUUCGAAGAAUUCCGUCCUCGAGCUCAAGCGCUCAAUGUCGACGAGGGCCAAACCGCUGUACGACAACUGCAUCAUGACGGCCCCGGACGGGGAAGUCCUCUGCACCUGCGACCGCAAAAAGGCCGAGUGGUACGUCAUCAAGGAGCUGGCGGACAUCGUGUCCGAUCAGCCCACCUACACGAUCCGGCUGCGCUUCGAGCCGAAGGGGCGCGCCGUCGGCGAAGUUGGCAAGUACUACCAAACGCCAAAGGAGAACAAGUGCGUCGUGUGCGGCGAGAAGGAUUCCUACAUCCGGAAGAACGUGGUGCCGCGCGACUACCGGAGACACUUUCCACUGGUCAUGAAGGAGCACAUCUCGCACGACGUGCUGCUGCUGUGCGCGCCCUGCCACCGUCGGAGCACCAUGAACGACGAAAACAUGCGCCUCAAGCUGGCCUCGCUCUGUACGGCCCCGUUCACCGCCAACGACAACCCGAAGGAGAUCCGCGUCGAAUCGAUGGCCGAACUGCGCAAGGCGGCCCGAGCCCUCGUUUACUGCGCCGACCGGAUUCCGCCGGAACGGCUCGCGAGUCUUCGGCGCAAAAUGCAACGGCUGCUGGGAGGGGGGCAAGGGGUGCAGCUGACGCGGGAGGUGCUGGAACAUUAUGCUAACAUCCAGACGGCCAUUCCUAACGGGGAUUACUUUGCGCACGGGGAGAAGGUCGUGGAGUACUUUAAGGAGCAGCCGGGUGGGAUUGGGGAGCUGGAACGGAUGUGGCGGGAGCACUUUUUGCACAGCAUGAAGCCGAAAUUUAUGCCGGAUCUGUGGUCCGUCGAGCAUAAUGUUAAGAGAUUGGAAAUUCGCGCCGACGAGGGUCGCGUCAACGAGGAAGACCUCGCGAUGGCCGGAGUGAGUCGUCCCAUCCGAAAGCCAACCCAGUCCGCAACCAACAGCAGCAGCAGCAACAGCAACGGAAGCACGACCCAAACUUCGGAGUCAACCCAUUCUUCGGCGGUGACCUCGUCCUCGUCCUCAUCUUCGGCGGUUCUCCCUCUACUAAGUGACAACGACAGCACCGCCCGGGACGUUUCUUCCUACCGUGACGAGGAGGCCACACUCGAACCACAAUCGAAAACCGACAAAACAACAUUCUACUCAAACCGCGAAGACUCGCGCACUCUGUACGCCUCGGCCGCCGCUACCAACAAACCGUCAGCCUCCGAAACGGACCAAUUCCGCACCGUUCGCCCCGAGGACGACCCCGAGGAGCUGGCCACGGCCAACGAUUUCGAGUCGCUCGAGUCGAGCUACGAUUCGGACGACUCCGACUCGACGCUGUCGCAACCCUCGAUGACGCUGCUCAACUCGACCGACGACUGGGAGGCGGAAGUGGCGGCGAACGAACCGGCCGGCGUCAACGGGACCGUUGCGCUGGAGGGGAGCUCGACGUCGUCGCGAAGGUGGAACUAGAAUGCAGGCAUGCAUGGCAGAAGCGUUUGAAUUCGAAAAGCAUUAGCUUGAACAACGACAAAAAUUGCAAUUGCACACACACACUUGUUGAAAGCAUUUAUCGUUCGCGACGAAAUCAAUUUUUGCGUUUAUCUAUCAAAUUAACGUGUUAACAUACAAUGACGAAAAAA